CGGGGAUAGUAAUUUUCGAUCGAGCGUCAAAAAGUGGUACAACUACAAGAUGCGCGUUAAAACGCUCAGACAGAUAAAAAACCAGCGGGGACAUCGUAACCACCACGGCAGCCACCAUAACCAUCACAGCCAUGUGGCAACCAAUGGUACGAUCGAGGCGCACCAUUUUUCCCCCGAAAGACUAAACGCGUUGGUGAAUUGCAUGAAUCCACCGUACAGAAUGCCGCCACAACCGCUCGGUGCGUACGGUAUGCAGCACGAUCAUCACUCCAGCAUACCGGGGACGGCAUCGACGGAGGCACAUGCACUCAACACACCGCUCCGGACACAUUCGUCCAAGUUUCCGAUCGAACGGGAACUGAUACUAUCGUCCAACAAAAACUCCUCCAAAAUCCCGCUUAUGCAAGAUAACAGAAACACUAGCAUUCCAGCGCUCUUGAAUCGAUCAGCAACGUCCGCAAUAGGGCCCGAUCUGCCGGUGAAACAAACACAAGCAUGGAACCAACCACAGAUGGACGCAAUCCAUUCGGCCGUUUCUGGUUCCAUGCCACGCACGAUCGUGCGCUUCCCGGAAGAUGUGACAGCGCUUGCCGAUCGGGACGGUAGCUUCCAGAGGGAAAAAGACUCCACUACGGUGAAGAAAUCCGUCACCAAGACUUAUCAUACGCUAAAGGAUUUGAUCUCGUCCAAGUUCAAAAAGGACGCUAACGAACAAAGCGAUGAACUGAACAAUGUAACCUCAAUGCUGCACGGCCACCAGUCGAACUUGGAUCAGGGUCAAUCAAGCAGUCAGCAGCAGCAGCAACAACAACAACACGGGGGCAAUAAUCAGAGCGGAUCGUAUAUGUAUAGCUCAGCGUCCGACAAUAACUUGCUGCAGGCUCAGUCCAACAUAAACGUGUGGCCGUCCAGUAGCCAAAGCAAUUCCCCUCUGUACUAUCACAAAAAGUUCUCCGAUCCGGCCGAAGGUUUCAGUGCCUCGAAAGCUCUCUCGCAGCCGCAGCUAAACAUUGGCGAGCAGUCGAACCGCCAGACGCAGCACGUGGUCAGUAUGCUGCCGGCUCCGGUCGACGGAACAGAUAGUGACGAUGGUGGAUUUCGGCAGCAUAGUGCCACUCGACAAACGAAUCAGUCCAUGCCGAAUGGAUCCAGCCAGAGUCAGGGCGCGGUGAUGCAUGGUAGUCGAUCAACGCCUCAGCAGCAACCUGCCUACAUCCAAAACUAUCGGCACAAUCAUGCUCAGCAGCAGCAGCAGCAGCAUCUACAGCAGCAACAUCACAUGUCGUACCAGCAGGCCCUUCAUAACGCUAAACAGCGAGCAGCAAUGGAGAGUGGAUCCAGCUCGAACAUUCAAUCUUCAUCCUACAACACGACCGUUACGGUGGGAGAUCAAAGUACAAGUCAUCACCAUCACCAUCACAACCAUCAUCAGGGAGAGCCGGGAAUGCAAAAGCACACUAUUUCGGUGGACGUAAACAGUGGUUCGUCGGUCAACAUAUCUACCGGAGAGUCGCAUGAUGCUGGAGGGUACGAUAAAAAUGGCAAUCACUCGUCCAACAUUGAUUCUGGUCGUGGUAGUUCCUCGAUGGCUACCGCUAGUGCUGACGCUGUGAUGGAGAAAAACAAAGUCAAAUCGGAUGGUGAAUGGGUCGAUGUAGUUGAUGUGGAACUGCGUAACAUUCUUGAGCCGGGUAUGAAAUCAAUGAAUCUUCGUCCCGAAAGCACAAUGUCAGAAAGUGCUUCUUCGAUGUCUCCACCACUGCCACCGCUCUCUCCCCAUGAAGCAUACAACCAUAGUACGGGGCAAAUUAGUGGCAAUGUCCAGACGAAACCUAACAACGCUAGUAAACUUCAGAAGCAAGAGUACGGCACCGAUACGUACAAUCGGGCAAGCAAAAAUCCACAGCCAAUCGGGCCUUCGAAAGGGCAACCAUCUCCCAACACAAUACAGAACUACAUGAACCAUCUGAAGCUAUCCAGCAAUAAGAAGCAUGAGCAGAACGCCCUGAAAAAGCAUCUGUUCGGUCUGGAUACUGAUGUUGCAUCCGUCACCAAUACGACACGCUCACUGGAUCUCGAAUCACUGCUCGGUGGUCCAUGGGAUGGCGCUCAAUCGGUGUCGGAGUCGGAAACGGAUGGUGGCGGUUUGCAACAAAUUCGCAACCAGCUCGAAGGGCUCGAAACGAUGUACAGCGAAGUACUGAAAAUGCUGGGUAAUCGUAUGGCCACUAACGAGUCUACACUUCGGGCAAAUAGACGUCGACGCCACGGUAGCAUGUCAUCCCUUCCGUCUAGCUCGAUUAGUGGCCGUCCAAUCCGCGAUCGGCGAAGAUUAGACGAACGGCGUAAGGUGCGUGAUAUUAAAGGCAUCAACAAACGGUUUCAGCGGCUGGAAUCGCACGUAGUCACGUUGGCACGCAGUGUAGCCCAUCUUUCGUCGGAAAUGCGCUCGCAGCAUCUCGUCUCACAGGAGCUGGAGGAGUUGCGAAACGAUUUAGCACUGUUGCGCUCACAAUCGAUGCACAAUCUCCCGAUGAACAGUAGUGGCAAUGGCAAUGCUAAUGCAUCCGCUCGAGAACCGAUAAACCUGACCAACCCAAAGCGGGUGAAGAAGCUGACGAAAUUUUUCGGUGAAGAUCCACCUCUGAUGAAACUGUUUCUCAAAAAACUCGGCUAUGAGAAAUAUGCGCCCAUCUUUGAGAGCGAGCGUGUCGGUAUGAUCGAACUGCCCUACCUGGGCGAGGAAAGGCUGCAAAAGAUGGGCAUUCCACUCGGGCCGCGACUGAGGAUUCUGCAAGAGGCGCAAAUAUCGCUGUGUCGCGAUACGACACUCUGCAUCGUUUAAGCCGAUCGGAAUCGUACGUAGUGGACGUGACGUGUGUGAGCCAAAGAACUGAAACAAGCAAACAAGUAUUUUAGACAUUCGUGCGAAAGUCUCUCUC